AUGAAAGAGUCACUCAAAAUGAUUAAAUUAUUUAAAGAAGAAGGUAAAACCAUAACAGCAUGGGACGUACUAUUAAAUCAAUUAUCCUCAUUAACCGUUAAGGGUGUUUGCUUUAAAUCUGAUUCUCCAGAUGUUUUCUCAACGUUUCAGGGUUAUAAAUACAACAUUCUUGAAAAGCCUGAUUACUCAAAAAUUGAGAUGUUUAUGAAUUUCAUUAAAGAAGCCAUUUGUGAUAAUAACGAUGAAGUGUAUAAAUACCUUCUCGGCUGGAUUGCAUCAAUGAUUCAACAUCCUGGAAUCAAGAAUGAAACAGCAAUUAUUUUGAAAGGACUUCAGGGAACAGGUAAAAACAGAUUCACAGACAUUAUUUCUGAACUUCUCGCUGGUUAUUCAUGUAAAAACAUUACUGAAAUAAGUGAGCUAACGGGUAAUUUCAACUCAGUAGUUGAGAAUAAAAUGUUUCUUGUACUUAAUGAACUCAAGAAUGUAGGUGAAGACAGACUCGCAAACUUCAACGCUUUGAAAUCAAUUAUUACGGAUAAUGAGAUUAGAAUUAAUGAAAAGAAUCAACCCAGAAGAACUGCUCAGAAUGUUGCAAACUUCAUUUUCGUAACUAACAACGUCUACCCUGUCAAAAUUGAAGUUGGAGACAGAAGAUACGUAGUUUUAAGAGUUAAUGGUAAAUUCAAGGGUCAAUUUGAUUACUUCAAGAAUUUGAUGGAUUCAUGCACAAAGGAAUUUUAUGAUAACCUUUUAACAUAUUUUAUGCAAUAUGACCUUUCAUCAUUUAAUGUACGAAUCAUACCGAUGACUGAAGCCAAACAAGAUUUAAUUGAAUUAUCAACAAAUCCUUUAGAUGAAUGGAUAAAUACACAUUAUGAUGAAUUGAGUGCGGGUAUGAUGUGUAAAAAUGCUCUAUUCUGCAAACCAUCAGACAUGAAAGACAAGAAUUUCCAAAUGAGCAUUAAGGAUAAAUGUGAUAGGAAACAGAGAAGAAUAGAUGGUAAACAGACGUGGUGUUAUGUUUUGAAAGAAGAAAUGAAAGGAUUAUAUAAACAGGUUGAACCAAACGAUAAUGAGGAUUCAUUUACUGACGAUGAAAUACCUGUAAAUGAGGCAGUAUAA